AUGCCGCAAGGGCUGCUGCAAGCACGAUGGCGCGGCAUCGGAGCAGCGCCUCCUACGCAGCCACCCACAAAACUUCCAAGGACUCGUGCUGAGACUGCAGUGCCGGCGUCGCAAUCGGUAGUCAUGACGGAGCCCUGCUCAGACAAGGCCACGAAGCCAAAAGCCAACAUGUCAAAGGGGAAGCAGCAGAAGACGAAAGAUGCGGUCACGACGACUGAGCGAAGUGGUCACGAAAAGAAAAGCAAAGGGAUUCUGUCGCAGCUGGACAAGGCACGCGCCAAACGCGCGAGGCAAAAGCGCCGGAAGAUGGCGCGGGAAAAGGCCAAAACAAAGGACCCUGAAGAAGCGUCGUCGUAUUUAGCUGCGUGGAAGGCUCACCAGGAUUCGGGCACGGCUUGGCGGUUCAACAAAGCCACCCAGGCCUGGCUGCUCCGUCACGCAUACGAACCAGAGAUGGUUCCCAAAAAGGUUUUUCAGCUCCUGCUCAGAUACCUGGCCGGCUUGAGUGGUGCCGCUCGAGAUCGUGCUGUGGCAGAAGCAGGUGCUCUUGUGACUUUGCAAGGCGCCGAAGUGCCCAAGGCUGGGGCCACUCAAUCGAAGUCGGUUCGAUCGAAGAGGUCACGAAAGGCGAAGGCAUUGCUGUUGCACGACGUCAUCUUUCUUUCUGAACAUACCUUCCGGGCAAGUGGGCUAUGUGGAACAUUGUGGAACCAGUUUUGCUCCUACACAUCAUCUUGA